CAACUCGGCUCUGCUACUCGAUUUCUCUUUUAAGGCCCGCGACGCCACGCUGCAACUGAAACGACACGUCGCAGAACCAAGGGUUUCGUGUAUUCUUUCGCACCUAUUCCUUCUACCUGCAAUUACAAGUGCCAAAAUCACAGUAACCCAAUGAAUCGAUCAUCUUCCGUUUGAAAUUUAGGCUUGGCAUGAUGGAUUCAAACUUACCGUCUCCGCCUCAUGGCAAUUAUGAUACCAAAAACGCAUUUCGCAAACCUUCUUGUGAUGCAGCUAAUAGGAAUUAUCGGCGUCGAUCACCUGUUGAAGGAUCGCCCUCACCUGAUGGUAGUCCUAGGCAUGAGCACAGCUCAAGUCCAAAUGCAGUAAAGGAAAAUUCGGCUAGAGUCUCUCACCAUCAUUCAAGGAAGUAUGAUGGCAGGGAACAAGACCGACAGUAUGGAAGGAGUCACUAUGGCAGAAGCAGUGAUUCUCUUAGGAAUUUUGAUAGACAUUCAUCCAAGAGCUCCUAUGGUCACUUUCGGCAUGUCAAGUAUGCAGAUGAAGAUAGAUACUGUGAGAGGCUAUCAUCUCGUUCUGGACAUGAGUCAAGGGAUGAUCAUAUGAGAGAAGAGAGUGAUAGCAGGUCAAAACACUACCAGCGUGGUGUGGACAAGUAUUCACGUGACAAAUAUGACAGGUCUGAUCAUAGAAGCAAAGAAAAACAUAGAGAAACAUGUUUGGAACAUCAUAAAUAUAAAGAUAUGGAUUCUUCAUAUAACAAAUCUGCAUCUGGCAAAAAGCAUGCACUGUAUGAUAAGGUGGAGAGGGAGGGGCAUUCAAGGGACUGGGAUGGGCGAGAUGAAAGAAGAGAUUCUCGCAGAAGUUCAGGGAAUUACAGAAGUGACCAAGCAGUCUCCUAUUCAGAGUCAAGGAACCAAAGAGAUGAGUUAGGUCCACAAAAAGACAGUGGUAAAUUUAGUCUGAAUGAAGCUUUUAAGAGUGAACAGGAGUCAAAUGGUCAAAACCUUCUCUGGGAAGAGAAAAGAAAACACGAUGACACCGAGAUUGGAAAGGACAAAGACUGGAAAACUGGAAAAGUAGGCAAUGAGAUCUGCAUUGAAGAUAAAGAAUCAUCUGGAAAGAAACCAAAGUUGUUUGAUCCUGACAAUGAUGAGAAUUAUGAAAAAGAUGAUGAAAGUAAGACUACAAGUUCAAAGGUUUCUCAUGAGAGCAAGGCAAAAUUAGUGGUUACCAAGACCAGCGGUUUUGAUGGUGACAAUAAUCUAGAUGCUGCGAAAAUUGCAGCCAUGAGAGCUGCUGAAUUAGUUAAUAGGAACUUAGUUGGGGCUGGUUGCUUGACUACUGACCAAAAGAAGAAACUAUUGUGGGGCGGCAAAAAGAGUACACCUACUGAAGAGUCUGGCCAUCGCUGGGAUACAGCUAUGUUUUCUGAUCGUGAGCGGCAAGAGAAAUUCAACAAACUCAUGGGUAUGAAAGGUGAAGUCAAAGUGGAGCAGAAUUCCAACAACCAAAGUGGUAACGACAUACUGCGCGCUGAGAAGCAGAAGGAACUCCAGCUGGAUCUUGAGAAACAAUACACAGCAGGCCUUCGACGAAGAGAUGGCCGUACAGUUGGCUUAGGUCUUUAAACGUUCACUUCGGAAAAUUUGCGUCAUUGACAUUUGCAAUGAGUUGAGUAUUAUCACUCCCUAUGUUUAGGGAGGAGCUUGUCGCUUGUUUUCUCAAGACAUGUUUUGGAGUUAAUGUAAGCUCUGAUGUUUGGCGCGUCAUCUCUUGGCAGCUGGUUAGAGUUCCUUUAGACGGGGCAUGUUUAUUUAUCUGCAACUUCGUAUCACGAUUGUAUCUAUAUUUUUUGUUUUAGUAUUAGUUCAUAUGACUGGUUUAGAUAAUUUGGUUUUAAAAAAACAAGAUUUGAUUUAUAUGUGCUGAUACCGCAACUUGUCCCUAAAAUCUUUAUAACCGCGAACGUUGGAAUGAAUUUUUAGCACACUGAUUAUCGUUUAUGAC